AGAUCGCACUGAGAAGCAUUCCACAAUGCCAGACUCACCUGUGGAUGUGAAGACACAAUCCAGGCUGACGCCUCCAACAAUGCCACCUCCUCCCACUACCCAAGGAGCUCCAAGAACGAGUUCAUUCACGCCCACAACGUUAACCAAUGGCACAAGCCAUUCACCCACAGCGUUAAAUGGAGCUCCAUCUCCUCCUAAUGGCUUUAGCAAUGGGCCAUCCUCUUCCUCUUCCUCUUCUCUGGCUAACCAGCAGUUACCGCCAGCUUGUGGAGCUAGGCAGCUCAGCAAACUGAAGAGAUUUCUUACAACCUUACAGCAGUUUGGCAAUGACAUUUCACCCGAGAUUGGGGAGAGAGUGCGUACCCUUGUGCUAGGACUUGUGAAUUCUACUUUGACAAUUGAAGAAUUUCAUUCCAAACUGCAAGAAGCUACUAACUUCCCACUGCGACCUUUUGUCAUCCCAUUUUUAAAGGCCAAUCUGCCCCUGCUGCAGCGGGAGCUGCUGCACUGUGCAAGGCUAGCCAAGCAGAACCCAGCCCAGUACCUCGCUCAGCACGAACAGCUGCUUCUGGAUGCCAGCACCACCUCACCUGUUGACUCCUCAGAGCUGCUUCUCGAUGUGAACGAAAACGGGAAGAGGCGAACUCCAGACAGGUGAGAAUGGCUGUGUCUGUUGGGUGCAGCACG